AAUCAGUGUUUCAAUGCGUGGGUCCGGGGAAGAUGCUAAGAAGUCAGCGGACCAGCUGACGCCCCCGCACAACUAUGACCUCAUCAGGCGGCGGAAGUCAGUCCACGCGAACGUGCACCGCGCUCACAAGUUAGAUCAUCGCGCACACGCUCCCAGGAACUCAAAGGGAAGGGUGACAUAACAGUAUAUAGGAGCGACGGACCGCAGAGUUUAGUCACUAGGAGAAUGCCUCACCCUUUCUAAAAGUCCCCCGGAAGUGCCUUCGCCCUCAGUAAAGAUGGCCGUAGCUCUUGGCGUGAAGGAGGCGGGUCUGCGCCUGCGCAACGAGUUCGGCGGGGGAAGAUGGCGGAUGAUAAGGAUUCUCUCCCCAAGCUUAAGGACCUGGCAUUUCUCAAGAACCAGUUGGAGCACCUGCAGCGGCGAGUAGAAGAUGAAGUCAGCAGUGGCAUGGGACAGGAUGGCUCCCUGUUGUCCUCUCCGUUCCUCAAGGGAUUUCUGGCUGGCUAUGUGGUAGCCAAACUGAGGGCAUCAGCAGUAUUGGGCUUUGCUGUGGGAACCUUCACUGGCAUCUAUGCAGCUCAGGCAUAUGCUGUACCCAAUGUGGAGAAGACAUUGAGGGACUAUUUGCGGUCACUGCGCAAGGGACCUGACUAACAAGCUCUGGAUGCCAUGGGGGAGGCAAGAUGAGCAGCUGGGGAUUGUGACCACAGGCAUUCCAUCUAGCUUCCCCGGCUAUCAUCAGUUUGUUGUCUCCAACUUUCCUGCCACC